GCAUUUUCACAGGCGAUUCCAAGAGAGAAAAGGCGAAGCCGGUGUGGGCUCGCUUUCCACUUUGGCAAGUCGCGUUGGAGCAUCAAGCCUUCUCCGGGAGUUAUCCGAGAGCUGGAACUUGGCAGCGGACCGCGGGGCCUUGGGAGAGAAGACGGAGGCAGUGGCGCGGUGGGAUUGGGAAGCUCGGGUGUGCGCGCGGGGCUGUCGGGGCCCCGCGAGCCGGCGAGGAGCGCGCACUAUGGACAAGCCCGGCCCGGGCGGGGCGAGCCAGGCCCCCGCGGCGGCAGCCGGGGACCGCUCCCGUCGUCGCCCGAGCUCCGGCUGCAGCGGCUGCUGGGGCGCCCUGGUGCUGCGGCCGCUCCGGCGCUCGCGGAAACUUUCCUCGGCGCUGUGCGCGGGCUCCCUGUCCCUUGCGCUGGCGCUGCUGGUGAGGCUGGUCCGCGGGGAGGUCGGCUGUGACCUGGAGCUGAGGAAGGAGGCGGCGGCGGAGGAGGAGGAGGAAGCUGCCCCGGGAGCAGAAGGGGGCGUCUUCCCCAGCCCUCGGGGAGGCGCUCCCGGGGGCGGCGCGCCGCUCAGCCCCUGGCUGCAGCCCUCGGCGCUGCUGCUCAGUCUCCUGUGUGCCUUCUUCUGGAUGGGCUUGUACCUCCUGCGCGCCGGGGUGCGCCUGCCUCUGGCCGUCGCGCUGCUGGCCGCCUGCUGCGGGGGGGAAGCGCUCGUGCAGCUCGGGCUGGGCGUCGGGGAGGAUCGUUUACUCUCGCUGCCCGCCGCGGGGGUGGUGCUCAGCUGCCUGGCCGCCGCGACAUGGCUGGUGCUGAGGCUGAAGCUGGGCGUCCCCAUGAUCGCCUUGACUAGCGCGGUCAGGACCGUGUCCCUCACUUCCUUGGAGAGGUUCAAGGUCGCCUGGAGACCUUACCUGGCGUACUUGGCCGGCGUGCUGGGGAUCCUCCUGGCCAGGUACGUGGAGCAGAUCUUGCCGCAGUCGGCGGCUCCGAGGGAGCAUCUGGGGUCCCGGCUGCUUGCGGGGACCAAGGAGGACAGCCCGGGGUUUAAGCGGAGGCGGCGGUCCAGCUCCGUGGUGGCGGCCGAGAUGUCGGGCGGCGGCAGCAAGUCCCACCGGAGGACCUCCCUGCCCUGUAUACCGCGGGAACAGCUCAUGGGGCAUUCAGAAUGGGACCACAAACGAGGCCUAAGGGGCUCUCAGUCUUCAGGAACCAGUAUCACUGUGGACAUAGCUGUGAUGGGCGAGGCUCACGGGCUCAUUACUGACCUCCUAGCAGACCCCUCUCUGCCACCGAAUGUAUGCACAUCCUUGCGGGCAGUGAGCAACCUGCUCAGCACACAGCUCACCUUCCAGGCCGUACACAAGCCCCGGCUGAACCCUGUCAUUGCCUUCAGUGAAAACUAUACCUGUUCCGACUCUGAAGAAAGCGCCGACAAAGACAAGCUGGCUAUUCCCAAGCGCCUGAGAAGGAGUUUGCCCCCGGGCUUAUUGAGACGAGUUUCAUCUACUUGGACAACCACCACCUCUGCAACAGGUCUGCCCACCUUGGAGCCUGCACCAGUACGGAGGGACCGUAGUGCCAGCAUCAAACUCCACGAAGCACCUUCACCCAGUGCUGUUAGUCCUGAUUCUUGGAAUAACCCCGUGAUGAUGACCCUCACCAAAAGCAGAUCCUUCUCUUCAUCCUAUGCUGUUUCUGCCACUAACCAUGUAAAGGUUAAGAAGCAGAAUCGACCAGGUACCCUCUCUAAAAUUUCACCUCCUUCGUCCCCUUGCUCCUCACCUCUCCAAGGGACUCCUGCCAGCAGCCCGGUCAGCAAAAUUUCUACAGUGCAGUUUCCAGAAUCUGCUGACACAGCCGUGAGACAAGGCCCAGGUUCUCACAGGGCCUUAAUUUGCACUCAGAGUGCCCCAGAUCUCUCCCCGCAGAUCCCGACUCCACCUGUGAUAUGUAGCAGCUGUGGCAGACCAUAUUCUCAGGGUAAUCCUGCUGACGGGCCCCUGGUGGGAAGCGGCACAGCCCCACGGACACCGAGCAGAACAGAUGAUACUGCUCAGGUUACCUCUGAUUACGAAACCAAUAACAACAGUGACAGCAGUGACAUUGUACAGAAUGAAGAUGAGGCCGAGUGCUCCAGAGAGCCACUGAGGAAAGUGUCGGGCUGCAGCACCUACACUGCUGAGACCAUGCUGUUCCUGGACAAACCAAUCCUUGCUCCUGAACCUCUUGUCAUGAAUAACCUGGACUCAAUUAUGGAACAACUAAAUACCUGGAAUUUUCCAAUUUUUGAUUUAGUGGAAAACAUAGGAAGAAAAUGUGGUCGUAUUCUUAGUCAGGUAUCGUACAGACUCUUUGAAGACAUGGGCCUCUUCGAAGCUUUUAAAAUUCCUGUUAGGGAAUUUAUGAAUUAUUUUCAUGCUUUGGAGAUUGGAUAUAGGGAUAUUCCUUAUCAUAACAGAAUCCAUGCCACUGAUGUCUUGCAUGCCGUUUGGUAUCUUACAACACAGCCUAUUCCAGGUCUCUCCACUGUGAUUAACGAUCAUGGAUCAGCAAGUGACUCGGAUUCUGACAGUGGAUUUACACAUGGACAUAUGGGCUAUGUAUUCUCAAAAAUGUAUAAUGUGCCCGAUGACAGAUAUGGGUGCCUGUCUGGGAAUAUCCCCGCCUUAGAAUUGAUGGCUCUCUACGUGGCUGCAGCCAUGCAUGACUAUGAUCACCCAGGAAGGACUAAUGCCUUCCUGGUUGCAACAAGUGCUCCUCAGGCAGUGCUGUAUAAUGAUCGUUCAGUUCUGGAGAAUCAUCACGCAGCGGCUGCGUGGAAUCUUUUCAUGUCCCGGCCAGAGUAUAACUUCUUAGUUAACCUUGACCAUGUGGAAUUUAAGCACUUCCGUUUCCUUGUCAUCGAAGCAAUAUUGGCCACUGACCUGAAGAAACACUUUGACUUCGUAGCCAAGUUUAAUGCCAAGGUAAAUGAUGAAGUCGGAAUAGACUGGGCCAAUGAAAAUGAUCGUCUACUGGUCUGUCAAAUGUGCAUUAAGUUGGCGGACAUUAAUGGACCAGCUAAAUGUAAAGAGCUCCAUCUUCAGUGGACGGAGGGUAUUGUUAAUGAGUUUUAUGAACAGGGUGAUGAAGAGGCCAGCCUUGGGUUGCCCAUUAGCCCCUUCAUGGACCGUUCUGCCCCCCAGUUGGCCAAUCUGCAGGAAUCCUUCAUCUCACACAUUGUGGGGCCCCUGUGCAACUCCUAUGACUCAGCAGGACUGAUGCCCGGAAAAUGGGUGGAAGACAGUGAUGAGUCAGGAGAUACCGAUGACCCUGAAGAGGAAGAGGAGGAAGCAGAGGCACCCAAUGAAGGUGAAGCCUGUGAAAACAGUGAAUCUCGACGAAAGAAAGCUUUCAAAAGGAGGAAAAUCUACUGCCAAAUAACUCAGCACCUCCUGCAGAACCACAAGAUGUGGAAGAAAGUCAUCGAGGAUGAGCAGCGGUUGACAGGCAUAGAAAAUCAGUCCAUAGAGCAGACCCCUCCGCAGCAGUCCUCAGAAAAGAUCCAGGCCAUCGAGGAAGAAGAAGAAGAGAAAGGGAAGCCGAGAGCUGAGGAGAUCCCAGCCCCACAAUCCAACCAGUGACAAUGGAUAGAUGAGCUGUGUUUCCAAACACACUGACUUGCCGCAGACUCUUUUCAAGCCAGCACAACUCUUAGACACAACACUGUAGAGGAGUGAGAAGAUGGGCAAAUGCCUGUUGCAUUUGGGGACUCUUCACAUGUUCUGUGUUAUUUUUACGGUGAGGUACAUUGUUUAAAACUCUUGCUCAAAGAAGCUUUCACAUUGCAACACCAGCUUCUAAGGAUAUUUUUUAAGAAGGAAAUAUAUCCACGUGUCUGUGUGUACAUAAGCUCCCACGUAGAUAUACACAAAUUCAUAUGUGUGCACACAUACACACACAGUACACACACACCACACUGAAAGCCAGGAUUACUGGCUCCACAACAUAGUAACAUUCAUAUUUACAUAAUGGUCACUGUGAUAUAAUAGUUCAUAAAAGAAAACCAAUCAUGAAGGAAAUGGUGCAACUUAGCAAGGGAACAGUGCAGCCAAUGUUGGUUACCCACUAAGCAUCUUUAGCUCUUAGCACUGAGGGCUGAAAGUUCUAGAGCAUUAUUUGAGUUGGGGUACAUCCUGCCAACAGUGUGUGUGUGUGUGUGUACAUGCACGUGUGCACAGAUGUAGGAGAGAUUGUUAGUGUUUCAGUAGUUCAUAGAGUAGCUGUAGCAAUUGACUUAGUACCACAUGAACAAAUAGAAGGGUGUUCCCUCCGAGAGGUCUUUGGGAGACAUCCAUCCAAGUGACCUCCUCGAGUUUCAAUAAAGGUCCCGUUGCUGAUGGAGUGUGUUUGUAGGCCUUGCAGUUGGUACUACUGCUGUCUACCACUUGCAGGCACUCUGUCACCAGCCUCAUAUCGGAACAUCUGAGGCACUGUCCAGUGGAUCUCAGAGAAAUGCUCCUAUCAAGGGAAUGGGUAUUUUAUAUUCAUAGACACCUAGGGAGGACCUGGAGUCAGGUCUUUUGACACAGUUACAAUUCUACAAAGGAUGCUAGAGAAAGCCUGGGAAAUGAUACUUCGUAGAGAUCUCUUGGAUCAUCUUCAUUCGCUGCAAAAGGCAUGGUAGAUGAAGAAAACAGGUAAUGGGAAACCCACUCUGGGUUAUGCAGAGAGAUGAAGGAGAAAGUUUUAAUCAAGGGUUUCGAUGGUGAUGGAAGGAAAGCCUGGUCAUGGAUACCUGAUGGAGAUUGGUUUUGGGUAUAGAGAUCCCAGUGAUGACCCCUGUUUUAGUCCUUGUGCUGUGUGAUGAAGAGGCCUCUGUCUGCAACUGGCCCAUUUUCAUACGUUUGACAGGGAAGGUUAGAAAGAGAUUGUGUAGGGAUAGGGCUGUUGAUGAAAGCCUUUUUUUUUUUUUUUUUUGGUUUGUUUGUUAUCUACACUUGUUUAUGCUGUGAGCCAAACCUCUAUUUAAAAAGUUGAUAUUCACUUUCAAUAUUUUAUUUCAUAUUAUUAUAUAUGUCUUGAAUAGUAUCUUGAUGUAAAUAUAAAGAUUUUUUUUCUGUAGAUAGCAAUUCUUUUUUUUUAAAGGCGGGAGGGAAACAUUUUUAUAAAGUUAUAUUUUAAUCACCAUUUUUAUACUUUGUAGCUAUCUCCAAGCCCAUUAAGAAAGCAGUGAUUCAUUUGCGUGGAGGUCUUUGGACAGCCACUCAUCUACCUAUUCUAAUGUAAUGGAUAAUUUGAUAGCUUUUUUUGCCAAUGUAAUGAGAAUGCUGCAAAGAAUAUUGUUUUUGUACCCACUAAUAUCUUCUGCUAACUCAAUGAAUUCUGGGUCCAUGAGUCCAAGGUGAAAGACUUUUUUAACCAACACCAAAUUUUUAUGGUUGGUGUCUGUUUCUUUUCAACAUUUUUUUCCUUGUUCUAACUCUUCCUGUGAUCCUAUAUGCUCAUCAUUCAAACAAGGAAAUCUUGAUUGAGAUUUGUGCUUUCACUUCCUCUGAAGUCAUAGAAAGGAGAGCUUACCUUAAAAGUACCUUUGUUAACUCAUGAAUGGAUAUUGUAUUCUUCCUGUUGGAAGUGUGAUUUUUAUAGUAAUCCAUGAAAGUUGCCAAAUAAGGUAAAGAUGACGCAUUAAAAAAUAAACAUGGUUUUAAGACAAUUUUUCCAGUAAGUGGGAAAACAUAGUGGAUCAAAUAAAUGCAGACUUUACCUAAAUAAUUAGAAUUUUUUUCAGUAUAUUUCUGAGUUAACACCGGGUCUUCAUUAUGGAGGAUUUACUUUGUUGUUUCCAUUUUCUUGGUACUGUCUAUGUGUCUGCAUGUUUGCAAAAAUUGCUGUGAGUCAAAUACAUUUCUCCAGUGAAUUUAACUGUUCUCUUUCCUUUGUGAAGAAGAAGAAGAAGAAAAAAACAUUUGUACUCACAUACCUCUUGCGUCUAAUUACUUAACAAAACUGAUCUUGCCCUAUGCAUCUCUAAACAGAAAUUGAGGGACAAGCUAGGUGUGGUGGGAGUAGAAGUGGCAGGACCAAUGUGAAAUCAUAACCACAUAUUGGCUGUAUUGUUAAAGCGGCAUGGCCCAUGUAGGGAUCAGCCUGGUGUCACAGUGGAAGUCCCAGCAAACUGCCUGGUUUUGUUUGUUUUGUUUUAAAGGACAUGAAAUAGUAGGCCAAAGCCAGUUGGAACCUCUUUAUCCCAGAACUGUGUCUAUUAAACCAGGCUGAUUGUAAUUUCUUCUUCAAAAGUAGAUUGCUAUUAUAUUAAAGCUAGAAGUUAAUUGACAAUUUAAGAGAGAUGGAGAUCCACCAAGUGUAUGACUUUGAUACACACCCAGUAUAUCUCAAGGGAUGCCUAGGGACAUAAGAAAGUAUUUAAUACUAGUGAUGUUUCCCCAACUGCUUUGGUGACAGCAAUAUUACUGUGUUCACUUCCAACUCCAAAGCUUAUUUCCUGUGGUGCCAAUGUGUUUGUUGGAAUUUACUACAUUUUUAUAUGAGCCUACUUAUAGGUGCCAUUAGAUAAACUCAGGUCUUUUAAAUGAAGGAGUUUCUAGCCCACUUAUGGAAGAGUAUACUUGUAUAGAAAAUCAUAAAAUUAAUGGUAAGAAAGGUUGGAACUGGUUAGCUGGAAGCCAUGGUCCUCUUUGUUAAGUGAAAGACCAGCUAUGUUCUGAGUGUCAUUGGUAUCAUUUUUCAGCAUACUGAUAGAAUGUCUUUUCUGUGAUCUCUCUACUCUCAUGUUUAGAAUGUUUCUUCCUUGAUGAAAACACUCCUUUUGCUUUUUUUUCCUGAACUAUAAAAUUAUUUUUUGUCAUUUAUAUAAGGCCUGGUUUUGCUCUUAGCAAAAGAAGGAGGCAGUAGCACUGUCCACAUACAUCUAUGUUGGUCUUCAUCUGACAAGUGAAGGUAUUCCUCAUAGUAUGUUUAAGAGUAUCCACAAAACAGAAUGCCAACUUCUGUCUGUUGAAUUGCAGAACAAAUCCUACCUAUUGCAAUUCUGGUAACAUUAAGGAGAAGAAAUUAAAUGUCCUGAAGACUGUUCCUAUUAGAUGUAUGUAGGCUGUUGAUUUGCCAUUUCCUUAUGCCCCCUUCCUGUCUUUCCCAGAGAACUUUCUUUGAUGGUGAAAGCUGUGCAAAAGGCAUGAGACUCAGGCCUAUUCUUUGUUUAAAUGAUGGACAAAUAUAAAUUAUUUUCUAAGUAAUAAAAAUAUGAAAAUUAUCGUAAAUAAAGUCUAAAGUUUGAAAUGACUGCUUUAUGAAAGUGAAAUAUUUGCGUGAAUAAUUCCCAACUGAUGAGAAGCAAAUAAUCCAAAAUCAUUUAUAUUCUACUUUGGAUAUAUUCUUGGUGCUUCCACAUCAGUAUAGGGAACCUCUCCCCAUCCUCAACAAAAUUUGUACCAUAUUAAUGAAAACUGCAGUAAGUGUUUUAUUGUCCUCCUCUUCCAUCCUAACCCGGAUUCACAUUUAAUGCCUUUCCACGCUUUCUACCUUUCCAUUUGCAAUUGAACUGCCUUUCCAAACUGGAGAAAGACUCCCAUAAAAUAUAGUUCUGUGAACUUUCAUAAUCUAGAGUAAAUCAAUAUCCUCCUUAUCCUAAAAACUGUCAGUAGUAUUUGUGGAAAAAAUACCAGUAGGUUUUCACAUUUUACUAGCUCAACUUCAAAUAAUUGAAAGCUUUAAUGUCUAUGUACUUUGAAACCAAACUGAAUUUUUUUCAUUCAUCUCUCUUAGCAAGCAAGAAAACAUUUUAUGAUCAUUGUCUGAGUCAUUAAUUCAUCUUGUGACAUCCCUGUGCAAUAAAAUAUGAAUUUGCUGAUACUGUCCAUUUUUAAAGUCUGUUUAUGCAAAUUCAACUUGAAGAUUAAGAAGCCAAUUAUCCACUUUAAGUAAAGAACAUUCCAACAUUAAAUUAUUUUGAGAAGUCCUAUUCAAUAAGAAAUAUGCUAGUUUCAGAUCUUAUAUCCUAUUUUUUGUUCCUCUAGAAAAUAUUCAGAUUCUUAUUGGAAUUUUAGUUGGGGAAGAGGUUAACUAUAUACAUCAAGUUUACUAUAACUAAACUAUAAUUUAGAUAACUUAAAUUGAGAUAUGUAUAAAUCUUUGUGUGUAUCAUACCAAUGAAUGGUUGUCAGAGACUGAGAACUUAUUUUUUUCUGUCUAUAUUAUUAACUACAGAUGUUAGGCAAUUUGUGCUGUUGCCUAACACACUGCAUUGAUUAAAACAAUGUUGUUUUUAUCUUCUUGCCUAAUGGUGCUUUUUACGCUACCUGAAUUGGUCUUUAUGUUCACCCAGCAUAUUAUUCUGACAGCAGGUUAACAAUGAUGACAAAAAUAAUUGAGCAUAUUUUUUUUUGCUUACUAUAUUUAAAGACUUAAAACUGAGAAUUAAGCCUUUAUGUCCUUGGUGGAACUCAGUGUCAAUCUGCUGAUUCAAAAUACUGAUCCAUUGAAAGUUAUUUUCAUGUAGAUCUCAAUCUACUAUAAGUUAUUUUCACACAGGUGAGGCUGUAGACUAUAUGGAACUGAAUAUAGGUAAAAAAUAAUAUUGGCUCUUGGUAUUUGCUUAAGGCUCUAAAAACAAUACAGAUUUCCUGUCUAAAUGCAGCUGUUUCUUCUCCAUGUCAUGUUUUUAAGGUUGAUUACUUUCAUAGGCUUUGGGAUCCCUGGAAUUCUGUUUCUCAGAAGAGUUGUGAUGCACAUAAGAAAAGCCGCACCUCCUUACAGGUCAGAAAUGUUGAAUGCGACCAUGUUGAGACAGGUUUCCCACUUGUUUCAGACCAAAAAACCUUUAAUCAUGUGAAUAAUUCAAUCAAGAUGCUUUAAAAAGUAAUUUUUAAUCAUUAUCUAUUAGGAAUAUUGAUGCUAUUUAAAUUAGAUUUAUUUUAUUGAACUAACACUAUUUUAAAAAUCUUCCAUUAUUCAGUUAAAUUCAAACUCACAAAAUAACAUUCCUUCACGCUGGGAUGCUGAAUAUUUUGACAUAAUCAGAACCAGUGACACAUAAUAGAAAAUGGAAUUUAUUUUUCUGAGAUCCUUAUGUCUCAUGGGGAAAAGAUGUUUUUGGAAUAAAUGCAUAUGAUCAAAAAAUAAAUUUAUUCUCCAAAAUUGACCUUAGAUAUUCAGAUUUUAACCUGAGCUCUUCUGAGUGAUCCCUAAACAAAAAAAUAUACUAUCUUGCAAUUUAUUAUAGUUUUGGUCAAAAAACAAAUGAUCUGUUAAUGUGAAUUUUAUUUUGCUAAAUUCAAACACAAUUAAAAAUCCAAAUACUCACCGCUAAGGAAAAUUUAACUGUAUUAAUCUUGACUUUCACGGAUCAAAGACUUACCAGUCAAUAAAUCACACCCACUGCAGUUCACCUGCCGGGCAUGAUCAAAUGGUAGGUGAUCAUUUGAAACUGAUUCUUAUAAAAGUAGUAAAAAAGAGCUUUUUUGCUUUAACUAAAUUUUCAAUAUCAUUGAAAGUACCUACUUCAUAUGCAACCAAAACUAUAGCAGGAAACUCUUCCUUUCCUCUUUCAGAAAGCCCAGAAAAAGAAAAAGUCAGACUCACAGCAGCAAAGUAUGGCUCCUCUUCCCUUUGAAUUGUCUAACUCAGUGUUAGGAAAGGAAGAGUAAUCAACAAUUCUCUCCUGUAAAGGAGAAAAAAAUGCCUUGCCCUCCAGUUUGUAGUUCACCAUACUUAGUUUCUUUGUGAAGCCCAUGGUACUAAGAAGCAGACAGAAUAGAGCUGAGGUUUGGGAGUGUACACAUAAGAAAACUCAAGGGACAUCCAUUGACACCCCUCUAUCUUUGGUGUAAGCCAAUUGAGUUAUUAGCUACUCAGGAGUAAAAAUGGUCUGAUUGGUCCAUAUUUCAACCCUGAAGUCCUUUAUUACCAUGAGCACUUAUAUAUGUUUCUGAAUGUGAAUUAGCCCUUAGAGCUUGGAAAAUGAUGCUUGAAUAUUUGUUGAAGAAAGGAUUUUUUUUUUUGUUCUAGUAAUUUCACUCCUGACAUAAUAGCAAAGUACUCAGAUGUUUAAUGUGCAAUUAAAACUAAUUGUUUAAAAAUGUUCUCUUUGUGUAUUCAACUUGUUGACUGAUAGAACUCCCCCAGUCACAUCUCUUUUAAAAAUUCACAACUUAUUACUUUUAUGACUCCAAAAAUCCACUUAGCAGAUAUUUCAUUUUAGCUAUUUAUAAGCAUAAUACUAUAGUGUUAUUAUCUGAAUAAUAACCUAUCUAUAUAUUACCUGUUAGUGGGGUUUUAAUGGCUUGACUUUUAAUAUGCAUUUGUUCAUUAGUUUAAAAAAUCACUAUUUUUUUUUACACUCUGUAAAAUAUUUGCAUGGGAUUUUCAGCACAUUUGUGUAACUGGUGUACUUUUUUCUUGAGUGUCAGUUUGUGUUAUAAUAUAUAUAUAUAUAUUCUCACAGAAAAACUCAUACCAUUCUUGUUUCCCUAAGGACAAUUUGUUAGGUGACAAGCACUGGAAAUAAACAUCGCUGAUCCCACACACACUGAUAUUUCUUCCUAGAAAUUUUUGUCAUGGAAAUCACAAAAUGAAAAUUGGUGCUUUUAUAUAUUCUGGAGCUCUCAAUGCAAAAUAAUUAGAUGAAAUUCUCCUUGGCUUUCUGUAAAGAUAACACCUACAGCUGAGUGAACUUUAAUCUGAAUUCAAAGUGUUUUUGACUUUGAUUGGUUUGGUUGAUUUGAUUUGGGUUCUGGUGUGAAAAAUAUGUUCUAAUUACUUAUAGAGCAAUUGUGUUGAUCAAUUAAUUCCUUUUCCUGACAAGUUCUAAUUAUCAUGUCCCAAAUCUUUGAGUUUUUAGGACAUUUGUAAACCAGAGAGUAUUGGAUUAUUUUGGUAUUCCUAAAGCAAUAUAUUCAAAUAACUGCCAACCAAAGUGAUACUGUUGGGGAUUCCAUUUGUAUAUGAUGAUUAUUUAUAAUAUAAUUCUCACCAGAGUCAACAAACCUGAAUAUGAUUAUUACUAACUUUGCCAAAUUUUCAACUUUUAGAAACACAAGAGUAAGGCAUUGGAACUUAAAUGAUCAUUUUGAAAUCACAGAAUUUUUGCCCUUCCACUUGUAUCUUGCACUUAAUAUAUGUAGCAAUAUUUACUAUCAUCCCAUCACAAAUAUUUAAGUGACUUAGUUAAUGGCUGAUGUUUUGUAUAAAGUAGAAUCUGUACAGAAAAAUAUAUUAGAUAAAUUGUAUUUAUUUUUUAUUAUUUUUUAGCUUAGACACUAUAUUGAUGCUCUCUUUUUGCCAGAAUUACUGGAAGUGCCUCUUGGUUUUAUAUAUAUAUAAAUAUAUUAAUAUACCAUAAAUAUAUACUCAAAAUUAUUAAAGCUGUGUCAUAGAUGAUCAAUGUGGAUGUUACAAU